AUGGCGGCAAAAUGAAAAAGCUAAAAACGGUCGACUUGUUGCCGUGUUUCUUUUCCCAAAACAGCCUGCUCAGGUGCAACUAAACGACUCGGCUUUAGUAUAAACACUUAUUUACUUCACCUUUUGGAGAACAACUGGACUGUCGAGUGUACCGACAAGAUUGGUUGAAAGAAAACAUGGGUUGAUGAUCACUACCCAGAGUUAAUUCAAGAGGUGAAUAAUAAGCUGGCGAGGAUGAGCAAGUGGGGACAGCGGCUGAAGAAGGUGGAGCGGCUCGCCGAGACAUUCCAGAACAACCCCGUGGUCACGCCCUACAAGCCUCGGCUGUUGCCUUGUCAGCCUUCCUCCGUCUGGAAGCUCUUCCCUCGUCAAACUUUGGCGAUCAGCUUCGCUCAGAGCUGCAAAGAGCCUGUACAUGUUUUUGCACUUGAAAAAGAGAAGGCGCUUCAGGGGCAAAGGAUCUUCCUGGUUACCAGUUAUACUGAGCUAUGGCAUUACUACAGGACCUACACUCAGUCCUUGAUGCACUGCUAUGAAGUGAUACCAGAGGGCGCUGUUUGCAAACUUUACUUUGACUUGGAGUACUACAAGCCCUCCAACCCAGAGGCAGAUGGGAACAAGAUGGUGUCAUUGUUAAUCGAGCAUGUCUGCAAAAAGCUUGAGGACAUUUACGGGAUUGAAUGCUCCGCAGAAAACGUGCUCAGUCUGGACUCAAGCACAGACGAUAAGUUUAGUCGACAUCUCAUCUUUAAUCUCCAUAAUGCAGUUUUCAAAGAUAACACGCAUGUCGGUGCCUUCAUUCAUGCCAUUCUUCAAAUUCCAGGCCGAAGUUGUUUGAAUGGACACAGGGAAGCAGGAACACGUGCCGAGUCGACAAGUCGAAGUCCACAGAACAAAAGACAGAAACACGAAGAGACAGACCUCAGCUUCCUUCAGGUGAAAGACAAAGAUGGCCGCCAUUCUCUCUUUGUUGAUCUUGGCGUCUACACAAAGAACCGAAACUUCCGUCUUUACAAGUCAUCCAAAGUAGGAAAAAAUGCAGCUUUCAGCUUAGCAGAAGACAACAAGUUCACUGCAGAAACCAAGAACAGUGUUUCUGCGGAGGAAAGUUUUUUUUUGGCGUCCUUAGUGUGCAACGUGAGUUUCACAGGCCAGAGAAUUCUUACAUUCCACGUCUCAGAAGCUAAGGACUUAAGGACCAGGAGGGUUCAGAAUCAGCAAGGCUCGCCGCCUGAUCCAGACUUACUCUCGGGCUGCCUGAGGUCUCCUCACCACGAAGUGGACGACUUUGUAUUAACGGUGGUUAAAAAGGACGGCGUACAAGGAAGCAUCCGACGAUGGUACUAUUUUGCAGCUGAGCAGCUGCUCGUCUACGACAUCGCCAAGUACCGCUGGUGUGACAACGUUGGAAGGUUCCACAAAAGCAACAACAUCAUGAUUGUGGUGGAUCUCAAAGAGGAAGUGUGGUACCAGAAGUGUCACGAUCCUGAUUGCAGGAACUAUAGAUCUUCAAGUUAUCCGCUGCCACAGGAGAUAUGCAUCAGCUAUGCCAUGAUGCUGGAUGAGGAGAACCAAGCAUACAUGAUGGAUGAGGUGGGCAACAUUGAACCCAGUCAGCCACCAAAGCAGGUAUCCCAGGAAAUGAAUUGGGAUGAGGAAUCAGCUGACGUGUGGGGAAGAGCUGACGACGACCAGCAGUUCUCAAACUGCCUUGACAACUUUGAACUAAACAGCAGCGAAAUCUCAGACGAGCUCCUCCUCAGCUGCAUGGACCAUUUCGAUUCGCAGUAGAAGGUCUAAAUUGGAUGCCAAAAGUGACCAACUUGUUGGAUUAUAUCCUCAUCCUUCUACUAUCAAGAUGAGAGGCAUAAUCUAUGAUCUACAAUAAACUUUCACGAGCUCUGAGGUGAGGAAGAAACUCACCAGCUCAUGACGUCAACAUAGCAGCAACAAGCUAGUUUGCUCUCUGUGACAAUGUGUCAUUAUGAAUAGUACGUCUGUGAUAGCGCUUAUAAUAACAAUAUCGCUAAUACUUGGUAAAUGUUAAAGUCACGAAAUGUAAACGGAGAAUAGUUGCCACAUUUUGGAUGGUUCUUUAGAAGGCUUUAUGGGCGGAAUAGAGGACCUUCCAUUAACUUCCUUGUAAGCAGACUUUUAUUUACGUUUAUGUACGAGUUAGAAUGCAUUAAAAAAUAUACAUCGGUCUUCUUGUCUCAUAAUGAUUGGGAAUUAUAGGCAAAAUUCCCAAAAAAGUGCAGUUACCCUUUAA